CACACUUCCAGAAAUACGGAGUUGCCAGAGAAGACGUUCAUUUGGUUACAAUUGCAGAGAAAAUGCAGCCAGCGUUACCUGUAACAGCUCACCCCGCUAAAAAGACAGGAUAAGAAAGCCUGAGGCAGAAAUGGCUGCGACGAAAAAGGCUCUGGAUAAAGAAAGAAGUCGGACCGAGUCAACAUUGGUGUGCCUUUGAGUGGUGGAAAAAAAUGGGGCAUGUGAAGGACCUGGAAAGUGAUGCAGAGGUUGCUCUCCUUCUGUUGGACAGCCAUGAGAAUGGCUAAUGAGUCGGCCCAGUUUCCACUGGAUACGGCCCGCUGCGUUGCGGCUCCGAUCCGGUUUUGCUCCGCCUUCCGGCAGUCCCCACCGGCUGCGGUUUGAUUCUGCCACGGUGCAGUAUGGUAGACAGUCGGCCUCACUACGUGUGCUAGUGUCAACACGGAUUGUUUUAUUUUGAAAAGUCAAGGCAGAUUUCAGCUUUUGGACUACAGGCUAAGUUGGAGAGGAUGUGAGAUUUUCAGUGUGUUGAAUAAUAGCAUGAUCUCUUGGUUCAUCUGUUCAUCACACGUCUCCGGUUCCUGUUCGUAUCCCUGCUUCAGUCCUGCUCCUCCUGUUCCAAGCCUUUCAUUGGACCGUCACUUUCCUGGAUAUCAAGUGUCAGAUGGGAUGCAGCUACUACUACUACAGGACAAGAUGGACUUGAACCAAGGAGGAGGAGGGAAAAAAAUGGCCAGGAAAAGGACGAACAGGAAGAUAUUUGGAGGGACUAUAGCGUAGUACCGAAGGGGGCGACCACGCACAGUCGCACACUCAUCCCUGCUCCGAACUCGUAAUUGUAAAUCGUGAGGGACCACGCAGCUUGUCAUUCCCCAGCACACACACACACACACUCACACACUCACUCUCACUCACGCACACAGCGGCUGGCGUGCCACCUUAUCUCCUACCUACUGCGUGUCCGGGGACGAUUUCACAUAUUCCUCCCGAAGGAUUUUUUUUUUUUUUUUUCCACGACGUUCAAUUAGGUGUGUGCACGCUGCUAAUGGACAUCUUGGACGGCUGCCUCUCACGUCCAUGUGUGCGUCUCUGAGAGCGCUGUGAGCGGCGGCGGCAGCGGCAGCAGCGGCACCUUGGAGGAGCAGAAGGAGGAGGAGAGGAGAGGAGAGGAGAGGAGGAGGAUUUUUUCCCCCCCUUCCCUGCCGUACCGUACCGUGUCGUGCUCAGUGGAAAUACACUCGCCUGCUCGGCGUACUAUCAAAAACGAAAGAGAGGGCAGAAGCAGAAGAAGAAGACGAAGUAGACGCAUAAGGGCUUCUUUUUUUUUUUUUUAGGUGGGGGACACCCAAGACUGUAUUUGGUGAAUUGUCAACGGGACAGGCCUGCUACAUUGGAUGUGUCUUCAGAAUGAAUCGCUCAGACUGAACUGGCGUUGUAAUCCACAUUUGAUGUUGAAAAUAGUGUGGAGGCAGCCAUGGAAGUGAAGGAACGUAGACCUUACCGCUCACUCACUGCCCGGCAGGACACAGAGCGCCGUUAUACCAGCUCCUCAGCAGAUAGCGAGGAUGGCAAACCCAACACCAAGUCCUACAGCUCCAGCGAAACACUCAAGGCCUUUGACCACGACUCCAGGAUGGCCUACGGGAGCCGCGUCAAGGAAAUGGUUCAUCACGAAGUGGACGAGUUCGGCCGGCAAGGAGCAGACUUUUCCCUUCGAAACCUUGGCUUUGGUGAGGCGCUCCCAUCCCACGUAGCCACGUACAGGACUGACAUGGGGAUGCCACACCGCGAAUACUCAGUCAGUGUGGGCUCUGACGCAGACACAGAGACAGACGGCAUCAUGUCACCGGAGCAUGCGGUCAGAUUAUGGGGCCGCAGCAACACCAAGUCAGGCCGCAGUUCGUGCCUCUCCAGCAGGGCAAACUCCAACCUAACCCUCACUGAUACUGAACAUGAGAACACAGAAAACGGUCCUCCGCAUUGUUCAUCCGCCUCCUCCUCCCCCGUUGAGCAGCUCCCAUACCCUCCCCCUUCCAUUGCAGCCAAUCAGAGCCAGGGAGGGUUGCUAGGUAACUGUGCGGCUCAGCCAGCCCAGGACUCUGACUCUGAGGAUGAGUUUGGCCCCAAUUCAUUCUUAGUUAAAACUGGCUCAGGGAACCUGUAUGCUCCUGCCACUGCAACUGCUGAUGACGGAGCCUUUCAAAACCACUCUCGGCUGCGGACGCCUCCUCUACCGCUCUCCCACUCCCACUCGCCCAAUCAUCACCAUGCAGCCUCCAUUAACUCCUUGAACAGAGGCAACUACACACCGCGGAGCAACCCGAGUCCCGCGCCCACAGACAGCUCUGUUCCCCCUGAGGGUCCAGCCAGUGGCCAAGACUCUGGCAGCGCACAGGACAACUGGCUGCUCAACAGCAACAUCCCCUUGGAAACAAGGAGCCAGAAUACUCUGAUGUAUAUUAGAGAGGAGCAAGACGCUUGCAGAGAAGGGCAGGGCUCGUACAAAACAAGAAACAUAGCAAAGCAGACAUUCCUAGAGACUUUACAGGACAACCUCAUUGAGAUGGACAUUCUGGCAUCAGCACGCCACGAUGCCUCGUACAGCGACGGGCACUUCCUGUUCAAACCAGGUGGAACAUCACCAAUGUAUUGCACGACAUCACCAGGAUACCCUUUGACCUCCAGCACAGUGUACUCCCCUCCUCCACGCCCUCUGCCUCGAAACACGUUCUCUCGACCUGCCUUCAGCCUGAAGAAACCAUAUAAGCACUGCAACUGGAAAUGUGCUGCUCUCAGUGCCAUCCUCAUCUCAGUAACGCUCCUCUUCCUGUUGGCCUACUUCAUUGCCAUGCACCUUUUUGGAUUAAACUGGCACCUGCAGCCCAUGCAGAGACAGAUGUACCAGCUGUCGGAGGACAAUACAAGUGGCCUACCUUUUCCUACUGAUCUGAGCUUGCCACCACUUGGCAACACAGGCUUGGAAAUACCUGACCGCAAGGGAAAAGAUGACAGCAAAUUGGACAGCUUGUUCCCUGAUGACAGCUAUAUAGAUAUGGGGGAGAUUGACGUGGGGCGCAAGGUCGCGCAGCAGAUUCCUCCCGGUAUCUUCUGGAGGUCCCAGGUCUUCAUUGAUCAUCCCAUGUACCUGAAGUUUAAUGUGUCCCUGAGCAAAGAUGCCUUAGUGGGAAUCUAUGGAAGGAGAGGCCUACCUCCGUCACACACACAGUUUGACUUUGUGGAGCUUUUGGAUGGGCGGCGGCUCCUGGCCCAAGACAUCCACGGUCUGGAGGGGCCUGUGGCUAUGCAGCGGAGCUUGGUACCCAUCACCACACACGACACAGGUUUUAUCCAGUACAUGGACUCAGGCAUUUGGCACCUGGCCAUCUACAACGACGGCAAAGAAACUGAAACUGUCUCGUUCCUUACAACCGCCAUAGACUCUAUUGAUGACUGUCCCAGUAACUGCUUUGGAAAUGGUGACUGUGUCGCUGGAACAUGCCACUGCUUUUUAGGAUUCAAAGGACCUGACUGUGGGCGAGCUGCGUGUCCAGUGCUAUGCAGCGGGAAUGGUCAAUACCUUAAAGGUCGCUGCAUGUGUCACAGCGGCUGGAAGGGCUCCGAGUGUGACGUUCCCACCAACCAGUGCAUUGACAUCACAUGCAGCAACCAUGGGACCUGCAUCGUGGGAACCUGUAUCUGCAACCCAGGCUACAAAGGGGAAAACUGCGAAGAAGUGGACUGCCUGGACCCAACAUGCUCUGGCCGAGGGGUAUGUGUCCAGGGAGAGUGCCACUGCUUUGUGGGGUGGGGCGGGCCAGGAUGUGAGAGCCCCAGGGCGUCCUGCAUGGACCAGUGCUCUGGACAUGGAGCUUUCCUGGCAGACGCCGGAACCUGCAGCUGUGAUCCCAGCUGGACAGGCCAUGACUGCUCUACAGAGAUUUGUGCAGCGGACUGUGGUGGCCAUGGCAUUUGUAUGUCGGGCAGCUGCCGCUGUGAAGACGGCUGGAUGGGCACUGGGUGUGACCAAAGGGCGUGUCACCCUCGCUGCAACGAACAUGGCACUUGCAAGGACGGCAAAUGUGAAUGCAGUCCAGGCUGGAACGGAGAGCACUGCACUAUUGCUCACUAUCUGGAUAAGGUAGUGAAAGAGGGCUGUCCUGGUUUGUGCAAUGGAAAUGGUAGGUGCACUCUGGGUAACAAUGGCUGGUACUGUGUGUGCCAGCUGGGCUGGAGGGGCACUGGCUGUGACACCUCUAUGGAAACUGCCUGCAGUGAUGUCAAGGACAACGAUGGAGAUGGCCUGGUGGACUGCAUGGAUCCAGACUGCUGUCUGCAGGCAACCUGUCACACCACCUCUCUGUGUGUGGGCUCCCCGGACCCCCUGGACAUCAUCCAGGAGACACAGAUGUCCUCUACACAGAGCAACUUGAGGACUUUCUAUGACCGAGUGCACUUCCUGGUGGGCAGGGACAGCACCCACAUCAUUCCUGGUGCCAACCCCUUCGAUGGAAACCACGCUUGUGUCAUUCGCGGACAAGUAGUGACUUCGGAUGGAACACCUCUGGUUGGAGUCAACAUCAGUUUCAUCAACAACCCGUCCUACGGUUACACAAUCACCCGCCAGGAUGGAAGUUUUGACUUGGUGACCAAUGGGGGCAUAGCUGUAGCCCUGCACUUUGAGCGCGCUCCAUUCAUCACCCAGGAGCAUACUCUCUGGUUGCCAUGGGGACGCUUCUUUGUCAUGGAUACCAUCGUCAUGCGACAUGAGGAGAAUGACAUCCCAAGCUGUGACCUCAGCAGCUUUACCAGGCCAAGCCCCGUGGUGUCCCCAGCUCCGCUCACUGCAUUUGCCGGCUCCUGCUUUGAAAGGCGCACCGUCGUUCCAGAAAUCCAGUCUCUACAGGAGGAAGUGCCUAUACCAGGGACGGAAAUGAAACUUGGCUACUUAAGCAGCAGGACCCCAGGUUACAAGUCAAUACUGAGGGUGACCUUGACCCACACCACGAUCCCUUUCAACCUGAUGAAGGUUCACCUCAUGGUGGCUGUGGAAGGCAGGCUGUUCAGAAAGUGGUUUCCUGCUGCUCCGAACCUCUCGUAUGACUUUGUGUGGGACAAGGCUGAUGUCUACAGCCAGAAGGUCUAUGGCUUGUCUGAAGCUUUCGUAUCUGUGGGUUUUGAGUAUGAGUCAUGUCCAGACCUUAUUCUGUGGGAGAAGAGGACUGCUGUUCUUCAGGGAUACGAAACCACUGCCUCUAAACUGGGAGGAUGGACUAUUGACAAGCACCAUGCUUUAAAUAUCCAGAGUGGUAUUCUUCAUAUGGGCAAUGGGGAGAAUGUCUUCAUCUCCCAGCAGCCUCCUGUAAUCGGCAGCGUGAUGGGGAACGGGCGCAGGCGCAGCAUCUCCUGCCCCAGCUGUAAUGGCCUCGCUGACGGAAACAAGCUGCUGGCCCCUGUGGCUCUGGCCUGUGGCUCAGAUGGAAGUCUGUACGUGGGCGACUUCAACUAUGUGAGGAGGAUUUUCACCACGGGGAACGUCACGAGCGUCCUGGAGCUCAGAAAUAAAGACUUCAGGCAUAGCAACAGCCCCGCUCAUAAGUACUACCUGGCCACCAGUCCGGUGAACGGCGCUGUGUACCUUUCGGACACCAGCAGCAGGAAGGUGUUCAAGGUUAAAUCGCUGCGCGUUGUGAAAGAUGUGGCCAAGAAUCUGGAGCUGGUGGCAGGGACCGGUGACCAGUGUCUCCCGUAUGAUGACGCUCGCUGUGGGGAUGGAGGAAAGGCUGUUGAGGCCACGCUCACCAACCCGAGAGGCAUUACGGUGGAUAAGUACGGUGUAAUCUUCUUUGUGGACGGGACCAUGAUUCGCAGGAUUGAUCAGAACGGAAUCAUCUCCACUCUUCUGGGCUUUAAUGACCUGACCUCUGCCCGACCUCUCAGCUGCGAUGCCGUGAUGGACAUCUCUCAGGUGCGGCUUGAGUGGCCCACAGACCUGGCAGUGAGUCCCAUGGAUAAUUCCCUAUAUGUUCUGGACAACAACGUAGUGCUCCAGAUCUCAGAAAACCAUCAAGUCCGUAUCGUGGCAGGCCGACCAAUGCACUGCCAAGUGCCUGGGAUUGACCAUUUCCUCAUGAGCAAAGUGGCAAUCCAUGCCACCCUGGAGUCCGCCAAUGCCCUAGCUGUGUCCCACAAUGGCAUUUUGUACAUCGCUGAGUCAGAUGAAAAGAAAAUAAACAGAGUACGACAGGUGUCCACCAAUGGAGAGAUCUCCUUGGUUGCAGGGGCACCAAGUGGCUGCGACUGCAAGAAUGACGCCAACUGUGAUUGUUACUCAGGAGAUGAAGGCUAUGCCAAGGAUGCAAAGCUCAAUGCGCCCUCUUCUCUGGCAGUGUGUCCAGAUGGAGAGCUUUAUGUUGCAGAUUUGGGAAACAUUCGCAUUCGCUAUGUGCGCAAAAACAAGCCCUAUCUGAAUCCCCUCAGCAUGUAUGAGGUGUCCUCUCCCAUUAACGAUGAACUCUAUCUGUUUGACUCUAACGGCAGCCACAUUUUCACACAAAGUCUGACUACAGGAGACCACCUCUAUAAUCUGACGUACACAGGAGCAGGAGAUCUGACCAGCAUUACUGAUAAGAACAAAAACACAGUAAUCAUCCGACGAGACACGACAGGAUUGCCUCUGUGGCUGAUGGUCCCCGAUGGACAGACAUUCUGGUUCACCAUUGGCACCAACAAUGCCCUUAAAACCGUUGCCGCCCAAGGUCAAGAACUAGCUGUAAUGACCUACCAUGGAAGCUCAGGACUUCUAGCAACUAAGACGAAUGAAAAUGGAUGGACAACCUUCUUUGAGUAUGACAGCUACGGGCGUCUGACUAACGUCACUUACCCCACGGGCCGAGUGAGCAGCUAUCGUACAGACGCCGACAGCUCGGUCCGCAUCCAGACAGAGGGCUCCAACAAAGAGGAUAUCACCGUCACCACCAACCUGUCAGCCUCUGGCACCUUCUACACCCUCAUGCAGGAUCAAGUCCGGAACAGCUAUUUCAUUGGUCUGGAUGGUUCGCUGCGGCUAGUCUUGGCCAAUGGUAUGGAGGUGUCCCUGCACACCGAGCCCCACCUACUGGCCGGCACAGUCAUCCCCACAGUCAGCAAGAGGAACGUAACCCUGGCCAUCGAUAAUGGCCUUAACUUGGUGGAGUGGAGACAGAGGAAGGAGCAGGCUCGUGGCCAGGUCACUGUGUAUGGACGCAGGUUAAGGGUUCAUAACAGGAACUUGCUAUCACUGGAUUUUGACCGAAUCACCAGGACAGAGAAGGUCUACGAUGACCACAGGAAGUUUACAUUACGGAUCCACUAUGACCAUGCUGGGCGGCCCACUCUGUGGGCACCAAGCAGUCGUCUGAAUGGUGUCAAUGUCACCUAUUCCUCUGGAGGGCAUGUGGCAGGUAUCCAAAGAGGCACCAUGUCUGUACGCAUGGAGUAUGACCAGAAUGGCAGAAUCACCUCCCAGAUUUUUGCUGAUGGCAAAUCAUGGAGCUACACUUACCUUGAGAAGUCCAUGGUCCUACUGCUCUACAGCCAGAGGCAGUAUAUCUUUGAAUUUGACAAAAAUGACCGACUGUCCUCUGUGACCAUGCCCAACGUGGCACGGCAGACACUAGAGACCUCCCGCUCCAUUGGCUACUACAGAAAUACCUACCGGCCCCCUGAAGGGAACGCUUCAGUGCUCCAAGACUACAGCGAGGACGGCCAGUUGCUGCAGACCACCUACCUGGGCACGGGCCGCAGGAUCAUCUACAAAUAUGGCAAGCUCUCCAAACUGCUGGAGAUCCUCUAUGACACCACACGCAUCGGUUUCUCCUACGAUGAGGUGGCAGGCAUGCUGAAGACGGUCAACCUGCAGAGUGAGGGCUUUACCUGCACCAUCCGCUACCGUCAGAUCGGCCCACUGAUCGACAGGCAGAUUUUCAGAUUCAGUGAAGAGGGCAUGGUCAACGCCAGAUUUGACUAUGUGUAUGACAACAGUUUCCGAGUCACUAGCAUGCAGGCUGUCAUCAAUGAAACACCGCUGCCAAUCGACUUGUACCGCUACGACGAUGUGUCCGGCAAAACAGAACAGUUCGGCAAAUUUGGAGUGAUCUAUUAUGACAUAAAUCAAAUUAUCACCACUGCAGUGAUGACCCACACCAAACAUUUUGACGCCUAUGGGCGGGUGAAGGAGGUCCAAUAUGAGAUUUUCCGCUCACUCAUGUACUGGAUGAUGGUACAGUAUGACAACAUGGGGCGAGUGGUGGCGAAGGAGCUAAAGGUCGGGCCUUAUGCCAACACCACGCGCUACACAUACGAGUAUGACGCCGAUGGUCAACUUCAGGUGGUCUCCAUCAACGACAAGCCUCUGUGGAGGUACAGCUACGACCUGAACGGCAACUUGCACCUUCUCAGUCCUGGAAACAGCGCACGCCUAACCCCGCUGCGCUAUGAUAUCAGAGACCGCAUUACUCGCUUGGGAGAUGUCCAGUACAGGAUGGACGAGGACGGUUUCCUCAAGCAGCGAGGGAACGAUUACUUUGAGUACAACUCAGCCGGCCUGCUUGUUAAGGUAUACAACAAAGUAACCGGUUGGAGCAUCAAAUACCGUUACGAUGGCCUGGGCAGGAGGGUGUCCAGCAGAAGCAGCAUGGGCCACCACCUACAGUUCUUCUAUGCUGACUUAUCCAGCCCCACUCGAGUCACCCAUAUGUACAAUCACUCCAGCUCUGAGAUCACUUCUCUAUACUAUGACCUGCAGGGACACCUGUUCGCCAUGGAGCUUAGCAGCGGGGAUGAGUUUUAUGUGGCCUGUGAUAACAUAGGCACCCCUCUAGCUGUCUUCAGUGGCUCAGGCCUCAUGAUCAAGCAGGUCCUCCACACAGCAUUCGGGGAGGUUUACCUCGACACCAACCCCAGCUUCCAGCUCAUAAUCGGCUACCAGGGAGGCCUGUAUGAGCCGCUCAGUAAACUGGUCCACAUGGGCAGACGAGACUACGACGUCCUUGCUGGCCGCUGGACAACACCCGAUCAUGACAUCUGGAAACGUCUCAACAGCCGCCGCAUUGUGCCAUUUAACUUGUACAUGUUCAAGAAUAACAAUCCUCUCAGCAACAACGAGGAGAUAAAGUGCUACAUGACUGAUGUCAACAGCUGGUUGGUGACCUUCGGCUUCCAACUGUACAACGUCAUCCCUGGCUACCGCAAACCGAACACAGAAUCCAUGGAGCCAUCCUACGAGUUAGUCCGCACCCAGAUCAAGACGCAGGAGUGGGAUAGCACCAAGUCUCUGCUUGGCGUUCAGUGUGAAGUUCAGAGGCAGCUGAAGGCCUUCGUGAAACUGGAGCGUUUCGGCCAGAUCUACAGAGCCAAAAGUGCCGGAUGUCCUCAGACAGAGGAUGAGAAGAUCUUCGCCUCCGUCGGCUCCAUCUUCGGUAAAGGGGUGAAAUUUGCUAUCAGAGGUGGUCGCAUCAGCACUGACAUCAUCAGCUUAGCCAAUGAGGACGGGCGCCGAAUGGCUGCAGUUCUGAACGACGCAUUCUACCUUGAAGACCUCCACUUCACUAUCGCUGGAAUGGACACCCACUACUUUGUCAAACUGGGCUCAGUGGAGGGAGAUCUGUCCCUCAUUGGCAUGACGGUGGGUCGGCGCACGCUAGAGACCGGCGUCAAUGUGACGGUGUCCCAGGUCAACACUGUUCUCAAUGGCAGGACUAGGCGCAUUACUGACAUUCAGCUACAGUACGGCGCACUAUGUCUGAAUACACGUUAUGGCAGCAGUGUGGACGAGGAGAAAGCCCGUGUGUUGGAGCUGGCCCGGCAGAGGUCUGUCGCCCAGGCGUGGUUCCGGGAGCGCCAGAGACUGAGGGACGGAGAGGAGGGCUCGCGAACCUGGACUGAGGGAGAGAAGCAGCAGCUCCUGGGUUCAGGGCGGGUGCAGGGCUAUGACGGCUACUACGUGGUCUCAGUUGACCAGUACCCUGAGCUGGCAGACAGUGUCAACAACAUUCAUUUCAUGAGACAGAGCGAAAUGGGCCGAAGGUGACAUGAACACGGGGCUCUGGAAUGACUGACUCACAUGUAGGACAUGGGACUUCUUGCCAAAGACAGUUGUGUACAUGACCACUUUUUUGUUUUGUUUUCGUUUUUUUGUUUUUUUUGACUGUGCUCAACUUGGUUUUUAAUAUACUGUAAAAAGAAAAAAAAAAACAUGGUUGCAAUCAGUUGCACUGUAUUAAUAGAAGAGUGCCCUUCUCCUUUUGAAGAUUCUUUAACAGUCUUUGCCCUUCAAGUGCGGCUGCUAGAGGAUGAAAAUUUGCGAUGUCUGUGACUUAUUUUUGUGACUCCAUUUCCUCGUUCCUUUUGGUGAUUCUGUUCAAAGGAAUCCAAGAGGAGUAUUGGUAAUGCAUUAUGUUCACUGGCUCACUCUGCUGCCAGACUUGCAGAUUGUUAUUCACAAGCUUGCUCCAUUCUGCCUUUUUCUGCGCCUCAGCCAAGGAGAUUCCUUCUCUUUUAAUCACUUCUUUUUUAUACUUGAAACCCUCAUAGCCCCAGUCAUCCAUAGAUAAUGAGAGAGAUUUCUGUUGGCGGGAGAGCCCUUCAUCAAAACCCCAGCUGAACUUGUCAAAGCACCUUCAUUUGUGUGAUGUCUUGUAAUUUUUUUUUUAAGAGGGGGGUUGAUACUCAUCUGUGGUCUUAGCUUGGAAGGCUUCGGUGCACCCCGACUGUGCAUGUUGACGGCCUUCUUUACGAACUACAAAAUUUGCAAAACUUGCUUAAUCAAGCUUAAAUUGUAUGGUAAAGCCAACAAAGGGAUAUGAGGUCACUUGUAACUUUUACUUUUGUGUGUGUGUUUUAUUUUUUAACCAGAUUUUUUUCUUUCCAAAGAAAGUGAAAACACAGAACAAAUUUGCUCUCUGCUCCUUUUUAUUUGACUGUGGUCAAACAACUUGAUUAUGAAAAUAGUGAAAAGCCAACCCUGUAAGAAAAUACUGUGGAAUUAAUGUCUGUAUUUAACAACAAAAGGUAUUUUACAGGAAUGGUUUUGAAUUACAUUUUAGUUUUGUUUUAUAAAUAGCUAUAUGAAUUAACAGUAUAACAAAUGUGAAUUUAAAAAAAAAAAUGUGAACUAUUGUCCCUUUUAUUGUUAAUUGUUGUACUUGAACAAUACUUAAGGGUGUUUCAACACAUGGAAUAAACUAUGAAAGGUGGUUUAGUUAAAUCAAUUACUGUGUUUUUCAUUAGACAGACUACGUUUUACUGAUCUUGAUUGCAUAUGAAAGGCAGUGUUUGUUUUUCAGUGAGCUUAAGUCAGUAUUUCCUCGCCUCAGUGUCCAGUCAAUUAAAGCAUGGGGUGAGGACAUUUUUGAAAAGUGACACUACAAAGAUUGCUAAAGAAAACAGUCUCAUCUGUGUGAUUCAUACUACAUUAACAUAUUGACUGCUGAGAUGGAUGGCAUUGUGUUGUGGUUGAGAUGAAAGAUACAAAUUGCCUUUGCCCUAAGGGCUGCCCGCAGGUCAGCAACGAAAGUGCUUUCAUUCUCCAGAAUAGGGCUCCACUUGGUCCCAUGGCUGGCUGAAAUGCAUUAGACCUGCAGGUGUACUAGUUCCCGUUUACAGACUAAAGGUCGUCUAUACACGGCAACCUUGGAAAUAACCACACGUGGACACAUUCUAGCUCCCAUAUGUCCGUUUCCUCCCCAGUGGAGACCGCAAAGGACAAUUCUGCUCAUUUGAAAAUGUCAUUAUGUGAAAAUUCAAGAGGAGUCAAGACUAUUUUGGAAAUUGUGACAUUGAUUUGACUCCUGGUACUUUUUGAACUAUGCCAAGCCACUGCACACUCUUGACUUUCUUAUCAUUUUUCCAUCAAAAUAUGAACUGUUUGUGUGUGUAGGGGUGGUGGGAGCAUGAUUGAGUGUCUCAAUCUGUACAAACGUUAAAGGAAACAGUACACGGUUAUUUUUUUUCUGCUGUUGGUUGAUUCAGUGAUGUUUUGUUUCCCAAAAGAAAAUAUGUAUGUUCAACAUUAUAUGAAUGAAGGAUAUUUGCAUUGUGGAAUAUUGCACUGAGAACUGUUGCGUCAUUAGACUGUAUCUUUUUCUAAGGUUUUGGACUCAUUUUGAGUUUUGGUUUGUUCUCAACACUGUGUUUUUAGCGCUUCUCUUUGACCAUGUAAAUACGAAGACAUCAAAGUAAGCUGUAAAUAAAAUGCAAAUGUAGAUACCUCUUAGAGCUACAUCAGUGACCCUGUGUAGUCUUAAGGUAGGAAAAAAAAAUAAAGGGAAUAUUUUGUGUUUA